CUAAAGUAGAGCUCUAGAGCGAUGGAGAUGAGACCUCUCCCACCUCCACGCAAUGCGCCUGGAGAGAAUAGUCUCCACCGUGCACGCCUGGAAUUUAAGGAGUGGUGUCGAAGAAAUCCUCGCUUUGAUCACGAAUUGAAUGAGCUCGAGCGUUAGAAUUCCAGAAUGGAUCGCGACGAGGAAGUGGCGCUCCUGGGAAGAACCGACUCGAGCAAGCUCAAAUCUCGGGUCAAGCUCGCUGCUACUGGGUGUGCUCUUGGGAUUUUUGCCGUCCUCGCCACCGUGUGGUUCCUCGAUCUUGGUGGGUUCUUCCAAUUCGACGCCGCUCGAUGGGUGGAGAUAACAGAGGAUCCCAUCGUCUCGCCGGUGGAUCGGCGAGCUCCAGUGAAUUUCCUGGCGCUGGGCGAUUGGGGACGACAUGGAUUGUAUAACCAGAGCUUGGUUGCUUCCCAGAUGGGAAAGAUCGGCGGUGCGCUCGAGAUAAACUUCGUGGUCUCGGUGGGAGAUAAUUUCUAUAAGAAUGGACUGACUGGAGUGGAUGACAUCGCAUUUGAUGAAUCCUUCUCUCGAAUCUAUACUGCUCCAGCGCUCCAGAAACCAUGGCACGCAGUCUUGGGCAACCAUGACUACCACGGAGACGUGUUCUCCCAGCUAGAUCCACGGCUUGGUUUACGCGAUUGGAGAUGGCACUGCGUGAGAGACGCACAACUUAUCUUUGAUUUGAGCCCAUCUCUUUUCCGAGGAGACGUAGACUCGCGCGUUUCUACAGUAGAGCUCUUCUUCGUUGACACAGUUCCAUUCAUUGACCAGUAUUGGGCGCCAAACCAGAAGCACGACUUUGACUGGAGGGAUAUCCUUCCUCGCCAUCGCCAUUUGCAGCAAAAGCUCGAGAAUUUGACAAGUGCUUUGAAUGCUUCCACCGCGUCUUGGAAGAUUGUGGUUGGCCACCACACUAUAAGAAGCUAUGGAGCCCACGGGGAUAGCGUUGAGCUAGUGAGGCAACUCCUUCCCAUUCUCGAGGGAAACAACGUGGACGUUUACGUCAAUGGGCACGACCACUGCCUUGAACACGUCAAGAGAGACGACAGUCCAAUCCAUUUUAUAACCAGCGGUGGAGGCUCCAAGGCCUGGAAAGGAAUCUCGCCACCACAAAACUCGAAUGGCUUGCAGUUCUAUUACGACGGGCAAGGAUUUGUGUCCUUCUCAGUCGCAGAGUCGUGGUUACAGAUUGUUUACUACAACAUUUACGGGGAAGCUGUUCACAAAGUUCGGCUCACAAAAUAACAUGUAUAUUGUUUUCUGUAUAAUUGAAAAAGAUGAAUACUUCACUUCAA